CCCGCAGGUAACUGGACAGCGACUGCGGGGGAAGAAGGCAGGGGCAGUCCGGGCCGCACGCACGGAGCCGUGGCUGCAGGCGAGCGGGGAGGAGAAUCCGAGACAUGCUCUGGGCUCGUGGGCUCAUAGAGGGACACGCCGGGACGGUCUCGGCGUGGGGCUGCAGAGUGCGGGCCAAUCGAGUGCGUCCCGGGCCUCAGGGCCGCGUCUGUACCUCGGGCCGAUUGUGUCCUGGCAUCGCCGCGCGGACUGAGCCCGUGUGAAGGGACCGCCUCUAGUUAACGCUCAGCGUGUGGCGCCCGCGUUCGAGCGCGGAUAGGAGGCCGGAGGCCGGGAACCAGGGGGUGGGACCCGCUCCGUUUGCAGGUGCCGGGACAAUCCACCGCGGGCGCCGAAGCCCCCGUCGGCCGCUCGGGUAUGAGUGGCUCCUGAAGGAGCCUCCCGCGUCCCCCACCUCCAGGCGCGCUUCGCGCUGCUCACCCUUCUUCCGAGACCGGAGGAAACGGCUUCCUCCAGGCUGGAGGAGGCUCGGUCUCUUUUGGCCCCUCUGCGACACCGUACCGGUACUCGGCGCGUCCCUAGCAACCGUUAGCGCGGGCUUCUGCCCUCUGGCUCUCUGGAUCCCGCCUUCACGUGCCGCUGACUGGCUCUUAAGGCUUGUCAAUCGGCGCGAGUCGCUCUGCGAUUGGCUGGUGGACUAGCGGCGAAAGGUCUCCCUCCCGGCGGGGUGAAGUGAACUUGGUGGAGUGACCCUCGCUGUCGCCAGAUGUUGAGUGGGCGCACUGUGUUCUGACAGCUGUUCCCUGGAGGACAGAGGCUCAGCGGCCUUUGACGUGGACCAGCGGCGCCUGUGCAGGAGCCUGUCCCUGCCAGCUCCGAUGGAGCGCCCCGCCGCCCAGACCACCCCUGAGUCCAGCAGGCCCUCGUCCUUGGCCGACAGACACCUGAGCAGAAGGAAUGGGCUUUCAAAACUCUGCCAGAGCAGGAUGGGUCUCUCUGAAGACACGUGGAGCUCCUACUGCCUGUCAUCAUUGGCGGCCCAGAAUAUCUGCACAAGCAGACCGCACUGCGUGGCUGCCCCUGCGCCAGUGGCCCGGGCCGGGUCGCUGGGCAGCGCAUUCUGCUGCUCCCCGCCGGGAGGCUUGUCCUCGGGGUGGUCUGCGCCCCUGCUCCCGUCCCCCAUGUAUAACCCGAACAAGGCCGUGUUCAUCGUGGACGCCAAGACCACAGAGAUCCUGGUUGCCAGCAACAAAGCUUGCCAGCUCCUGGGGUACAGCAGCCAUGACCUGAUUGGCCACAAGCUCACACAGUUCUUCCUGAAGCCAGAUUCUGACGUGGUAGAGGCCCUCAGCGAGGAGCGCCUGGAGGCCGACGGCUGCGCCGCCCUCGUGUUUGGCACAGUGGUGGAUGUCAUGAGCCGCAGUGGGGAGAAAGUCCCAGUCUCCGUGUGGAUGAAGAGGGUGAGGCAGGAACAUAGCCUUUGCUGUGUGGUCGUGCUGGAGCCUGUGGAGAGGCUCUCGGCCUGGGUGGCUUUCCAGAGCAAUGGAACCAUAACAUCAUGUGACACUCUUUUUGCUCAUCUGCACGGGUAUGCAUCCGGGGAGGAAGUGGCCGGGCAGCCCAUCACAGACCUGAUCUCUUCUGUGCAGCUCCCGCCUCCUGGCGAGCACAUCCCAACGAAUCUCAAGGUUCAGAGGUCUGUUGGAAGAGCCAGGGAUGGCACCACCUUCCCCCUGAGCUUGAAACUGAAAUCCGAACCACGUGCCGGGGAGGCAGAAGGCAGGCCGGCGUACCGGGCCUCUGUGUGGGUCUUCUCCACUGUCAGUGGCCUCAUCACCCUGCUGCCCGAUGGCACCAUCUACGGCAUCAACCACAGCUUCGCACUGGCGCUGUUUGGUUAUGGGAAGACGGAGCUCCUGGGCAAGAAUAUCACCUUCCUGAUUCCUGGUUUCUACCAAUACAUGGACCUUGUAUAUGACAGCUCCUUACCACUGCCAGACCUGGCCGACUGCCUGGACACUGCCACCCAGAGUGGGCCUGGGGAGGUGACUGUGGGCCCCCAGCAGGACCAGAGCCCAGCUGGUGAGCCAACGGCCGACAUCGCACUUGCUGGUGGCCACGUCCUGCUGAGAGGUGAGGUGCUCAAGCCUGUGGAAAGCCAAGAAGCCUUCACUGGGACCCAGGCCCCGGCCACUGGAGGCCAUCGCCCUUCCUCCUGCCCAGCUCCGCCCACUCUGGGGGUGGGCAGCAUCCCAGAAGGAUGCCCCCCAGCCCAGGAACAGUCAUUAUCUGAGGACCAGCAGAACAUCCCAGAAGGAAGCCCGCCAGCCCACAGUCAACAGUCAUGGCCCCAGGACCAGCGGAACCCUGGCUUGGGGAAAGAGGAACCCAUGGCAGUAGGGAGCUCCCGAGAGACCCUUCUGGGAGAAAGUGGGUCUGACCCAGUGGACACAAAACUAUGUGCUUCCCAUGAACAUCCUGCAGCUCCAGGGCCAGCUGAGAACAGGGACAGGAGUGUUGACACGCACGUCCUAAACCAGGAAGCCCAGCUAGGACAGAUGGGUCUGGGCAGUGCCAGCAGUUCAAGCCACAGGGCUGAUGCCGCCUGUCAGCUGGCUGCCCAUCACCGCCCACCUGCACCUGGGGCUGAGCGCAGCGCACAGCGGGGAAGCCUGGGCCCCACCCGAACUGUGCAACUCUUGUGCCCCUUGCCUGCUUUUGAUGAGCAGGGAGCCUUGGACAGCCAUGAGGAGCUGCACACGUGCCUGAUCAGGGAGCGGCUGUCCAAGCCGAGCUUGGUGGGACCUCAGGGCGUCUCCUACACAGAACUGCCCCUGGCAGAGCAGCCCCUGCUCCCUGCCCCCGUGUCGCUGUGCAACCUGGGUGGCAGAGACCUGCGCAGAGGCCGCUCUGGCAGCUCCUCGGCCUGCUAUGCCCUAGCCACGGACCUCCCUGGCAGCCUGACCAAAGUGGGGGCCUCAGAGGCCAAGGAGAAUUCCUUUACCUGGAACCUCAAGGAGCUCUUUCUCAGCAUGAGGACAGACUGCACCUCCUCACACUGCCCCUGUACUAUGUCCGAGCUCCUGGACAGCCCCUCUCCUUCGCGGGGAGGCUCCAGUGUAGACCUGAGCAGUUUGCACGGGCAGAGGCCAGACGUCCCGAAUGACAGAGGGCUGUUGCUGCUGACAGGCACGCGCUUCCAGCCCCGUGCGUGCUGUUUGGGACACAGUUGGGCAGAGCUGUCUGAACCUUGUUCAGCGUCCUCUGUACACUAUGAAGGGAGUGGCAGAGAGAGCCCAGGCCACGUGCCCCCCAUGCUGGGGGCCAGCCCAGGGGAUGUGCGCCCAGCAUACGAGCCCGGGCAGGGCAUCCAGGUCACCUCCACUCCGGUGAGAGGGGCCAGCUCAGUGACUCCUGGGGCAGCAGGCCUGCGACAUGACAUUCAGGAGGGCACCUACUGUGGGAGCUGCUACCACCGCGACGGCUGGCAGCUGAGCGUGCAGUUUGAGGUGAAGCGGGUGGAGCUCCACGGCUCCGCGGCAUUGUUCUGCUGCUGGCUGGUGAAAGACCUGCUCCACAGCCACCGGGACUCAGCCAUGUGGACCUGCCUGCUGCCCGCCACCCUGCUGAGCCCCGCACACUCUGCGCCCGAGUUGCCUGCGCCCAGCCCAGGCGAGAUGCUCAGAACCAAACCCUGGUUUGAGGAGCCUCCCAAGGCCAUCGAGGUGGAGGGGCUAGUGGCCUGCGAGGGUGCAUACACCCACAAGUACAGCACACUGAGCCCCCUGGGCUGCGGGGCUUUCGGCUUUGUGUGGACCGCGCUGGACAAGGAGGAGGAUAAGGAGGUGGUGGUAAAGUUUAUUAAGAAGGACAAGGUUUUGGAGGACUGUUGGAUUGAGGACCCCAGACUUGGGAGAGUUACCUUGGAGAUUGCAAUUCUGUCCAAGGUGGAGCAUACCAAUAUCAUCAAGAUGUUGGAUGUAUUUGAAAACCAAGGAUUCUUUCAGCUAGUGAUGGAGAAGCAUGGCUCUGGCUUGGACCUCUUUGCAUUCAUUGACCACCAUCCCAGCCUCGACGAGCCCCUGGCGAGUUACAUCUUCCGACAACUGGUGUCGGCGGUGGGAUACCUGCGCUCCAAGAACAUCAUCCAUCGGGACAUCAAGGACGAGAACAUCGUGAUCGCCGAGGACUUUACGAUCAAGCUCAUAGACUUUGGCUCUGCUGCCUACUUGGAGAGGGGCAAGCUGUUCUACACCUUCUGUGGGACCAUCGAGUACUGUGCUCCCGAAGUCCUCCUGGGAAACCCGUACAGGGGGCCAGAGCUAGAGAUGUGGUCGCUGGGAGUGACGCUGUACACGAUUGUCUUUGAGGAGAACCCCUUCUGCGAGCUGGAGGAGACCAUGGCAGCUGCCGUGAACCCCCCGUUCCUGGUGUCGGAAGAUCUCAUGAACCUCAUAUCUGGGCUGCUGCAGCCUGUCCCUGAGCAGCGCACCACCUUGGAGAAGCUGGUGACAGACCCUUGGGUGACGCAGCCCGUUAACCUGGCUGACUACACAUGGGAUGAGGUGUGUCAAGUAAACAAGCCAGAAAGCAGCGUUCUGUCCACUGUGAGUCUGGAGGUGGAGAACAGGAGCCUGAGUGAAGUGGCCCAUUCCCCGGGGCAGUGCAGGGCCUCGUGCCCCAGGGAGGCCCGUGGGGGUAGCUGAGCACCAGCUUCCUGCUGCUUUUCUUCACUCUGCUAGGAAUCAUUUUGUUUUCAUUCAGAGAAGUAAAGUCUCAAGAAUUGGGCCCAGUUCACCUUCUAAAAAACUCAUGUGCAAGUUUGCUAAAUGCUAAAACAAAGGCUCCUGAUACUGUUGUUUAGGUUAUGAAAUAUACUUGGAAUUCAUUUUUCCAUGACCUUGAAAAAGCAUUCUAGUGUCGAGCUGAGUUUUGUACUGUGAGAAGGCUUUUAAUUUGUGAACUUCUGAGAGGCACAUUAGAUGCUUUUAAUUUUCUUUUGUUUAUAUGCAUGUGUUGUUGUUUCUUGACUUUGUAUAUGCCCAUCUGAUAUGUGGAAUUUGUAGCACUGGUUAGCCCGAUGGCCAGACUAUUUCAUUAAUUUAUUUUUUUGAACUGUUUCCAAAUUAAAGCAGUUUUGUUAGUAAAUAUUUA